AUGCGUCACUGGAAUAAUGGAGGACUGUCUUUUCCAGCCGGACUGAUGAUGUCUGUAUUUCUACUCUUUUACCCGUGAACUGAGAAAGAAACAACUCCUCUGCAUUUCAGCGUGUAGUUGAGGGCAAAGCAACAAUCCCAAGAUGACUACAGACACACCAGCCCCAAGCGUGGGCUCCAGGAUAAUGACGUUCACCCCCUCCAAAGAAGAGUUCAAGAACUUUGGCCGGUACAUUGCCUAUAUGGAGUCUCAAGGAGCACACAGAGCUGGAAUGGCAAAAGUUAUACCACCUAAAGGCUGGAAACCCAGAAAAACGUACGACGAUAUCGAUGACCUGGUGAUUCCAGCUCCCAUUCAGCAGGUGGUGACCGGCCAGUCAGGACUGUUCACACAAUACAACAUCCAGAAGAAGCCAAUGACUGUCCACGAGUUCCGCAAGACCUCCAACAUGGACAAGUUCUGCAGUCCCCGAUAUGUAGAUUUUGAUGAGUUGGAGAGGAAGUUUUGGAAGAACCUGACCUUUAACCCUCCACUUUAUGGUGCUGAUGUCAGUGGAACACUAUAUGAUCCGGAUGUGACUGAAUGGAACAUCGGUCGCCUCAACACCAUCCUGGACACUGUGGAGAAUGAGAGUGGCAUCAAGAUCAAAGGAGUCAACACCCCGUACCUGUAUUUUGGGAUGUGGAAGAGCGCCUUUGCAUGGCACACAGAGGACAUGGAUCUGUACAGCAUCAACUACCUGCACUUUGGAGAGCCAAAAUCCUGGUAUGUUGUCCCACCAGAGCAUGGAAAAAGACUAGAAAGACUUGCCAAAGGUUUCUUUCCAGGGAAUGCACAAAGCUGUGAAGCCUUCUUGCGCCACAAAAUGACUUUAAUUUCACCCUCAAUCCUGAAAAAAUAUGGCAUACCAUUUGAAAAGGUGACUCAGGAAGCCGGGCAGUUUAUUGUGACAUUCCCAUUUGGCUAUCAUGCUGGUUUCAACCAUGGCUUCAACUGUGCCGAGUCCACCAACUUUGCCACCCAGCGAUGGAUCGAUUAUGGCAAGCAGGCAACACUGUGUUCAUGCCGUCAGGACAUGGUGAAGAUCUCCAUGGAUGUGUUUGUACGCAAGUUUCAGCCUGACCGUUACAAGCUGUGGAAGGCAGGAAAAGACAAUACUCCCAUCGACCACUCGAAACCCACACCGGAGGCUGCUGAGUUCCUGAAAGAAGACAAGAUCGAGCCUAAGACAGAGAGUCUCAGUGAAGCUGGAUGUGAGGAGCCCACUGCUCCUAUCCAGGAGGACAAAAGUCCAACGCCUCAGACUGGGAUGAAGCGUCAACUUGAAACUGUUGAAGCCACUGAAGAUGUCAAACCAGAGGUGACAACGAAGGAAACUGAGGAGGUGGAGCCAAAGAAUGCCAAGCUGUCACGGAAGGAGUCUCCAACUAAAGUUGCUGCCAAGCCAGAUAAAGAACCAGGGAAAGUCAAGCCAGAGGUUAAGAAGGAGAAGGACACCAAGCCACAGCCCAAAUCUCAGUCCAAAGCAAACAACAAGAAAACUUCAAACAGACGAAGUCCUUUAAAGAAAGAGAAGAACGGCAUGUCGGCCACUGACGUCUGUCCUCCUGAACCUGUGGAGAGGCAGGUGGUGACUCCGAGCUCCGAGGACGCCGGGGGCAGUGAGGAGCCUCAGCUGAGCAGCAGCUGCAGCCCGGCACACAAACUGUUCCAGAGGACGCUGAGCCCUGCAGACGUCCUGCACGUCCACAGCUACGCCAAAGGAGACUACGGAGAAGGUGACGUCCUGCCUAAGGAGGAGAAAAAGAGUGAGAGCAGUGACAACGAGAUGGAGAAAGACAACAGUCACCUUAACAAAACACAGGUUGCAGAAGUGCUGGCUGGAGAUGGAGAGCAGGAGAGCGAUCUGGGACAAUUGCCAGGUCACCAUCCGCUCAUAAAGGACGGCAUGAGUGAUGAAGAAGCUCUAGAUGAGGCUCCCACAGUUGAGGAGGGUGGCCUGGAAGGGGAGAACUGGGCUAAACCCUUGACUCACCUGUGGCAGAGCAGACCUCCCAACUUGAAGAAGGAGCGGGAGUACAACCAGCGCAUUGGCUCCAAACCUCCAUACUGCUCCAUCUGUCUGCUCUUCCACACAUACCAGCAGACUGAAUGUGCAAGCAGUGUGGACACUCCUGUCAUGGUGGCCGGUGGGCGCAUGCGGACCAAACCUCUGAUCCCAGAGAUGUGUUUCACCACCACAACAGAGGAGGACUCAGAGUGUGAAGAGCAGCCCACCAGCCCUCAUCUGGAGGAAGAUGGAACCAGCCUCCUUAUCAGCUGCUCUCAGUGCAGCGUUCGUGUUCACACAACUUGUUAUGGUGUUGAUCCAGCCAGUGUGAGCAAAGAGUGGAAGUGUGCACGCUGUAAGGCCAACGCCAUGACCGAGAACUGCUGCCUGUGUUCGCUGAGAGGCGGCGCCUUGCAGAAAGCCAACAACAACAAGUGGGUCCAUGUGUUGUGUGCAGUGGCUGUGCUGGAGGCUCGUUUUGUCAGCAUCACUGAAAGAAGUCCUGUGGAUUUAAGUGGGAUUCCUCUGCAGAGAUUUAAGCUGAAAUGUUACUACUGUAAGAAGCGGAUGAAGAAGGCGUCUGGCUGCUGCGUUCAGUGCUCUCAUGGCCGCUGUCCCACUGCCUACCAUCCCACCUGUGCCCAGGCUGCUGGAGUACUGAUGCAGCCGGAUGAAUGGCCCUUCGUGGUCCAUGUUACCUGCUGUCGACACAAAGGUCCCACUCAGAUCGAGCGCAAUAAAGCAGCCAUGCAUGAGCUGACCGUGGGACAGAAGGUCAUAUGUAAACACAAGAAUGGCCGCUACUACCAGUGUGAUGUGGUGCAGCUGUCUAAAGAGACGUUCUACGAAGUCAACUUUGAUGAUGGCUCCUUCAGCGAUAAUCUCUUCCCGGAAGACAUUGUGAAUCGAGACUGUGCUCAGCUUGGACCUCCACCGCAGGGAGAAGUGGUUCAGGUGCGAUGGACGGAUGGUCUGGUGUACGGGGCCAAAUUUGUGGCAGCUCAUGUCAUUCAAAUGUACCUGGUGGAGUUUGAGGAUGGGUCGCAGCUAACAACCAAGAGAGAUGACGUCUACACUUUGGAUGAGGAACUCCCAAAGAGAGUUAAAUCCAGACUGUCCAAAGCAUCAGACAUGAGAUUUGACGGGAUCUUUGAAGAGAGGGAGAUCAUCCAGGAGUCAAAGCGACAGAGAGUGAUCAAUUCCCGUUACCGGGGUGACUACAUCGAGCCUGUGAUCUACAGAGCCAUCAUGGAGUAACUCCCCACUCUGUCUGCCCGCCCACCCACACUCACACCAGCAGCACUGACAGACUGAACUGUGCUCACUGUACCUUACCUUAGCAGCUAGCCAGAGAGAGAGUGUAGCUCCACAGGACUUCCUUCAGGACCUGCUUCGGACUGUUCUCUUUUUUACUUCUCCUUCAUCCAUCUUUGUUUGCUUCGUUUGUUUGACUGCGAUACAGGACGCUGCAGGAUUUUAGUUUUGACAUAGGACUCCACAGCUGCACCGAACAGGAGGAAGCAAUAUUAAAAUGUUUAAAAAAGUAGCAUUUUGACAUUAAGACACAAGUUUUUUUUAAAAAGAAAGUUUGGUGUUAAACUUUACAGUAAACAUUUCAAUCAACUUUGCCA